UACCUGACUAUAACUCAAUUUUAAUCCAGAAAUUUGAAGUUUUAUUUUUAUUACUGAACGUGAGAAACUUGCCUGUAAUUCUUGCUGUCUUACCACACAUGUUUGGCGGAAUACGAGUGGUGUAUGAGAACGUACUGUGGUGAAGCACAUUUCACCGAUAAGAUAAGAAUUGAAUCAACAGUAUUUGAGAUAACCUGCUUGAUCAGCAGUCACGUAUUGACAGACUAAUCACUGCGUUGGAUUGUACUGAUGUGACUGUACUCGCCAUCUCUCUGGAUUAUAACCUGUACAGUUUUACAAUUAUGGAGAGAUUUCAUACCUUCUCAGCAAAAUUGACUUCUUGGCACACAAGCCUCAGACGGAAAAUAAAAUUCACCAAUCGCAACUGGAACCUUCCUCUACUGAUUCCGCUGGGAGUUUGUGGAUUUAUACUGUUCAGAGAGUUCUUGGUGUACUUUGUAUGGUCUUUGCUUUGGCCAUCAAUGACUUGUGGAAUCAUCCGGGAGUUACAAUCGGUCCUGUUAGUAGCAAGUCCACGGAUACUGGGGGAGAGCACAGAGACAUGGUUUUCCCGCUGGAACGAUGACAGGUACCUGAGGCGGUCGUUUGCCGCCGCUGUCCGCCACGUGAAGCCCGACCUCAUCAUUUUCCUGGGCGAUUUGAUGGACGAAGGCAGCUUAGCCAAUGACGAGGAAUAUCAGAGAUAUUUCGAGAGGUUCAAGGAGAUAUUUCAACUUGACUAUAUUCCAGCUAGUAAGACUGUGUUCCUUCCUGGAGAUAGUGACAUCGGAAGGGAUCUAAUAAUUACAGAUCAGAGGAAGAAGCGCUUCAAACAUCAUUUCAGGUCUCCAACAGUACAGAGUCUAGCAAACAUUCAAAUAAUACAGGUAGACAGGCUACAGCAGUCACUGCCACCGUCAUCAUUGGAUAGCAACUGGACCAGGAUUGUAGUCUCACAAUCGCCUCUUCUGGCUGCACCGGAUACUUUUACAGCAAAGGUGCUUCAAGGGUUACGUCCCCACGCAAUAGUAUCUGCUCAAGAUUAUACGGACAUGUCACCCGAGGACGAGGCUCUGGUUCAGUUCAGCGGAGAUGUCAACACGGGGAAGCGGCUGACUGUGGAGACCAUGACCGCCAACUGGUGCAUCUGGGGAUCACCACCACACGGGGCACCCUCUUGGAGAUUCCAGUGGUCUAACCGACAAGUUGUGGAGAUUGUGGUGCCAACAUGUUCUAGCAGGAUUAGAAUAGCAGAGAGAGGAUAUGGAGUUGCAAUCAUUGACAAGAGAAAAGAAGCAUGGUGCUACCAUGUACUGUGGCUGCCUUCACGCAUCUACAUGAUUGCCACCUACCUGUUUACUCUAGUUGUAAUGUUGGUAAUAGUGGUAGGAGUCCAGUGUUCCCGCAGAUAUAACUGUCAUUCCAGAUACAAGUCCCACCCGCAGUACAAACCUCUGUGACGAAAAGGCUUUACACAAGAUUUCGAUUUUAGCAAAAGAAGUCAUUUCUGUUCAUAAAUCAGCUUCCAUGAAACUUGAAAGCUUGGUUUUAAUAAACUUUAAAAUGUAUGUAUAUAAUGUUGAUGGAGGCAAAUGAUUUUACUUGUAAGACAUUUUUAACAAAUAAAGAACUGAUUUUCACUUGUGCUGAGAA